AUGUCGAACAUUGAUUUCGUACGAAUGCAGUACGGUGUACAAGUGACAUUCCGGCAAUUCUGGCACGAUCCUCGCCUGGCGUACGAACAAAUGUUCCCUGGUGUCAGUGUUCCCAAAUUCAUUAUUAUUACUGAGAAAAAUCUCAUCUGGACGCCGGAUACAUUCUUCUUGAACGAAAAGCAAGCCCAUCGACACGAGAUCGAUAAAUUGAACCUGAUGAUUCGAAUUUACGCGAAUGGCAGCGUGAUGUCUUCGGAACGGCUUUCGUUCACAUUUUCCUGUCCAAUGUAUCUGCAAGUAGCUCAACAGUUUGCCUAUCGCACAUCUCCAUUUCUCGAAGCGCAGAUGAUAUAG